CAUUUUCUGCUACUUAGCCAAGAAAUUUUCUUUAUAAAUUAUGCAAAUAAACGGAACAUCUUCCGGACCUACAAUGGCUGCUUCAGAGCCUCCAGAACCACCACCAAGAAAUCCGGAUCGCAUAAAUGCUUCACUACAUAAACUCGGCGAAUCCAAAGCCAUAAAAUCAUUAGACUCGAGCACUGUUGCGAUAAAUGACAAAACUGUGAACAACAAUAAACCCUUAAAACCAAUUUUAUCACUCGAUAACAAUAUUAUACAAACAGCCACAGGCACCACAGUUACGGCUACUGUUACUGCUGUUAACCCGAAUUCACCAUCGGUAGCUAUCUUUAAUAAACGUAACGAUAUAACAGCGGGUGGUGAUAGUAGCUCCCCAUUAAGUUCGAAUGGCAGUAAUCACACUCUCACCUCUCCAAUGACGAUUGAUAAUCAGUUGCAACAGCAACAGCAACAACAACAACAACACCAACAGCGUUUAAGCUUCCUUAGUAAAAGCGACACGCCUGGCCAACUAAUGACACAACAACAACAGACAAAUGGACCACAAUCAACUUUGCAUAUGAUAAAUGGUAGUACAGGAAACGGAAGUGGUGCAUUGAAUUCAAAUAACUCAAACACAAUUGCAGCGAAUCACCUUUUAGCGCACACCACUGCAGAUUCACCAACAAAGCUGCGUGAAGAAAAUGAGCGACUGAAUACUGAAAUUUCAAGGCUGCGCAAAUUGCUAGAAAACUCCACAGAUGGCGCCGUAGGUGGAAUAGAUUUAUCUGAUUCGGGUGAUGCACAAUCAACUGAUGGCAGUGGUGGCACACCACAACAACGUGUUGAUCGGUUGGAAGCCGAAUUACGUUCUGCGAAAAGUCAAAUAAUGUCAUUGCGUAUUGAACGAAAGAAACUACGUUCAGAUAAAAGUGAUUUGUUGGGACAAGUAAAGCAGUUAUGUUCAUCAUUACAAGAUAAAGAACAGGAAUUACGUGAUUUUAUACGCAAUUUUCAAGAUCGCGUUCGUGAAAGUGAAUCAAAUAAUGCUAAACUAACAGGAGAUAGAGAGCGUGAACGUUGGCAGUUACUCAAGCAAGCACGAGAUGAGGCUGAACGUUCAUUAGCGCUUGCACAACAAUUAAAUCAACGCGAUAUGCAAUUGCAGAGAUUACAGGAUCAAUUGCAGGAAGCACGACGACAACUUUCCGGUUGCCUGUCGGAUCAAGAAAGUCUGUUAUCAUUUGCACCACUUACACCACCAUCAGCCGCUUCAGGUUUAGUUAAUCAAAUGACAGGUGCUAGUGGUGUUAAUAGUAAUUUACGUGGAGAUGACAGUGGACGCGGUAAUUCGAAUUCAUUAUCUGCUUUCAGUAGCAGUUUAAGUGGUGGUUCUGGUGCUACGGCUGGUGAUCGAAAUUCUUGUUCAAAUGAUUCUGGUAUUCGUAAUAGCAGUGAUCGUGAAAGUACAGGUGGUGAUUUAAAUUUCAGUGAUGGCACUUGCGAUAAUGGACCAUGCAUAACCGUAGAUCCAGACAGCAUUUCUUUAGUUUCUAGUCAGAAUAUGUAUCAAUAUGGCACACCAAAGGAACGUAGUCCAACAUUAUCACCAUUAAAUACUGCAGCUUACUCUCGUUCUGUUGAGCAACUUGGCUCACCUGUUGAAUCUGAUGGUCCUGGUGCAGUAGUCCGUAAAUUUGCACCAAAAACUGGUACUAUAAGUGCACGUAAUGGUCGUGGAGGUACAUGGGGUAGCAUAUCACGAGUUUUUGCCAGAUCAAGAAAUAAAAAUAAAGCACUUUCCGCAGAUGGAGCGAUGGAAUAUAAUGAUUACUCUUGGAGUGCUUUAACUGAAGAAGGUUAUGCAGAAAAAUUGCGUUUAUUACGUGAAGCAUCACAAAUGCCUAUGGAACGUUGGCGUGCCACCCAAGUUUUGGCUUGGCUGGAAGUGGCACUUGGUAUGCCGCAAUAUAGCACACGUUGUGCUGAAAAUGUGAAAAGUGGUAAAGUAUUAUUGGAAUUAAAUGACGCAGAAUUGGAAGCAGGUUUAGGUUUAACACAUCCAAUGCACCGUAAAAAGUUACGUUUAGCAAUUGAAGAGCAGCGACGCCCAGAACUAGUACGUUAUCCAAUGAUUACACAGCUGGGUCAUACCUGGGUAGCUUCAGAAUGGUUACCAGAUAUAGGUUUACCGCAGUAUGCCGAGUCUUUCAUACACUCGUUGGUCGAUGCACGUAUGUUAGAUACUUUGUCUAAGAAAGAACUCGAGAAAUUUUUGGGUGUCACAAGAAAAUUCCAUCAAGCCAGUAUUGUACAUGGCAUACAUGUGUUACGUAUUGUAAAAUAUGAUCGUCAAACUUUGGCUAUGCGAAGAGUACAAUCAGAAACUGUUGACACAGAUCCAAUUGUCUGGACUAAUCAACGUUUCAUACGUUGGGCCAGAUCCAUUGAUCUAAGCGAAUAUGCUGACAAUUUAAAAGACAGCGGAGUGCAUGGUGGCUUGGUUGUGCUUGAGCCAUCAUUUUCAGGUGACACCAUGGCAACUGCGCUGGGCGUACCACCGUCGAAAAAUAUAAUUCGUCGUCAUCUUUCCACAGAGUUCGAUGCUUUAAUUUUACCCGCUAGAGCAACUUUGGGUCAAGGCAUACGUUCGGGUUGUGGCAUAGUUCCUAUUACUGGACCCGGUGGCCUACAGCACUAUGCCACGGCCGAUCGACGUUCAAGCGGCAGUUUAAGGAUAUCGGCAUGGAAAGGAUCUCAGAGUUCUCUCUCUAAAGCCUUCCGUUUUAACACAAAAUCACGGACAGGUAGUUCACUUGGCGAUCGCAACUCCUUCGGCAACUCCACCUCCCCAACACCAUCGUAUAGCAGUUCAGAAGGUGGUGGAGGAAUUUACGCCACUAUAGGACCAACACAUUUUCCAGCACCCACAACAGCUCCACCACCGCCACCAAUCUCAAAUUAUGGUCCACCAGGUCAUAGAGUAAGUGCGCCGCCAGUACAGUGCAGUACAAUGGAUUCAAUGGCAGAUUCCAAUUUCCUCUAUGAACAACAUCGUCGCGUUAAGAGCAUAAGUGAUAUAGGUGUUACAGCGUCAGCAGUGAAUAGCAGCGGUAGUCUGGGUGGUGGCGCAUCUGGUUCUUCGGGAUCUCCCAUAUGAGAAUCAAUUAUCAUGUAAGCUCUAAAGCUUAUCAUAAUCUAUGUGCUAUAUUUAUAUAUAUGAAAAAAAGAAAAAUAUUCCCAUAUUAUUA